AUGCGGUAUGUUUUAGUUCCAGUCUGUGAAUUUGGUAGUAAUGUCCGAAAAUAUCAGGUACCGGGCUAUAUUCAACUUAGUGAAAACAAAUUGUCUGGUGAGAUACCUCCUGAGAUUGGCAAGAUGAAGAACAUCACUAUGCUGCAUUUGGGUGCUAAUGAGUUUUCCGGUAGGCUCCCUUUAGAGAUUGCACAAGUGCAACCAGUAGUCCUUAAUGUAUCAAAGAACAAAUUUUCUGGUGAAAUCCCAAAGCAGAUUGGCUAUAUUAAGUGCUUGCUAAAUCUUGACCUAUCAUUUAACAAUUUUUCUGGUCCAUUCCCAGCUAGCUUUAGUAACUUGCAUGAUCUGAGCAAGUUCAACAUCUCUUAUAAUCCAUACAUGUAUGGAUCUGUACCAGAAACCGGGCAAAUGCUUACGUUUGAGAAGUCAUCGUUUCUUGGUAAUCCAUUGUUGCAUCUUCCGUCCUUCAUGCACAACUCUACGGACAAUACUAAAGGAAAAAUGAAUGAAAAUCACAAAAGGCAGCCCACAAAGGUGGGUGCGGUUUUGGUAAUUUUGGUUCUGGUAGUAGCUUUGCUAGUCAGUGGAGUCAUGUCACUCCUUGUCUGCCUUGUUAUAAAAUGCCCUAGAUAUACACCAGGGAACUUAUUGGAGAAUACACAGGGCCGGCAUGAUUUGCCAUUUAGUUCUGGUGUGUCCUCUUCGCGGAUGUCUGAUGAUGUUAAGGUUAUCCGUUUGGACAGAACAAGCUUCACACAUUCUGACAUACUGAAGGCCACGUGGAACUUCUCGAACGAUAGAAUUAUUGGGAGGGGAGGGUUUGGGAUAGUUUAUCGUGGAGUCUUGCCUGAUGGAAGGGAAGUAGCAGUGAAGAAGCUACAGAGGGAAGGAAUUGAAGGAGAAAAAGAGUUCAGAGCUGAAAUGGAGGUGCUCAGUAGAAAUGGCUCAGGUUGGCCUCAUCCGAACCUUGUAACUCUUUACGGUUGGUGCCUUGAUGGAUCAGAGAAACUGCUAGUCUAUGAAUACAUGGAAGGUGGAACAUUAGACGACGUCAUAACAGAUAGAACAAGGUUUACAUGGAAGAAAAGAAUACAAGCAGCAAUCGAUGUGGCACGUGCUUUAGUCUACUUACACCACGAGUGCUACCCUUGCAUUGUUCACAGAGAUGUCAAGGCUAGUAAUGUGCUUCUUGACAAUGAUGGAAGGGCAAAAGUCACAGAUUUUGGCCUAGCUAGAGUCAUGAAUUCAGAACAUACUCAUGUUAGCACAAUGGUGGCGGGGACUAUUGGUUAUGUUGCACCAGAAUAUGGGCAGACAAUGCAGGCCACUACAAAAGGAGAUGUGUACAGCUAUGGGGUUCUAGCUAUGGAGCUAGCAACAGGGAGGCAUGCUAUAGACGGAGGCGAAGAAUGUCUAGUUGAAUGGGCAACAAGGGUCAUGGGAUACGGAAAGAAAGGUUUCACUAGAGCCAUGAUCCCGGUUGCUCUAUUGGUAUCUGGACUGGUAGAGGGAGCAGAAGAAAUGUGUGAAUUGCUUAGGAUUGGGAUAAGGUGCACGGCUGAGAACCCGUAUGAUCGGCCUAACAUGAAGGAAGUUUUAGAUAUGUUGAUUAGUAUUCCUAGCAGCCAUAGGGGAUCCACGCGUAGCUUUGGAUCCUGUCGUAGUUCUUCUCCAUUAUUAUGAUAGAUUUUGUUGCAACUCAGAUCCAAUACAGGUUUGUAACAUACAUUAGCAAAUUACUCUUGUAAAAACAGUUCUUGCACAUUCAUUAUUCUAGGAAAAAGUUGCCUAUUUUGUUAGUUUGGA